AUGUAUACAUUCAAUCACAUUCCCGGUAGUCAUCAUUUGGGGUGUAAGAAUCUACUGGCUUGGGGACUGGCGCGACAACGACAGAAAUACGGCGAGGAAGAGUACGGCUUCUAUCCAGAGAGUUACAUUUUCCCAGGAGACAAGCAAGCUUUCAGGAAAGCGUGGGAUGCCACUCCUGAAGGAGAUAUGUGGAUACUUAAGCCGGCGUGUUUAUCAGGAGGAGAGGGAGUGAGUAUUUUGACGGACUUGGAAGAAAUUCCCCAGGAAGCUGUCGUACAAAGAUACCUUCCAAACCCCUUGCUGAUAGAGGGCGCUAAGAUGGACCUAAGGAUAUACGUGUUGGUGGGAAGUAUAGACCCACUUAGGAUAUACAUUUUCCCUGAGGGUGAAGUCAGAAUAGCCAUGGAGAAGUACUCCAUGGACAAAUUCGAAAAGAGAGACAUACAUUUAACUAAUCUCGCUGUCAAUAGGAUGAAUGCUAACUUUACCCCCGACAAGAUAAAUAAACUUAGACCACCACUAGCGUUCUUUUGGAAGCAUGUAAAGGAACAUUAUGGUGUGGAACGGCAGCCAAUUUGGGAUAAAAUUAAAGAUAUCGUAAUCAAGUCCAUAAUAAGCGGGGAAGAAUUCAUGCAAGCAGGUACGACUUCCUACGUAAAGAACAGACACAGCGUCUUCGAAUUGUUUGGAUACGAUUUCUUCAUUGAUGACAAUUUGGAGCCAUGGCUUAUGGAAGUGAACGUUUUGCCAAGAAUAACAAAAGAAGGCCUAAAAGAAGUGCACCAUCCUCUGCUGGUGGAUAUGUUUAACCUGGUUGGUCUUCAGAUACCAGACGACGACGGGGACAAGCCACAAGGAGAAAGCGAGGAAAUUGUGCCCAAACAUCUUGUUAUGGACUCAAGACUGUGGACACAACCUCUGACUGAUGAAGAAAAAGAAAAACAAGAAAAAUUCAUUGAGAUGAAAGAUGAGAUUCAGCAACAAGCAAUACUGGAUGAACUGACACCGGGUGACGUGAGAAUUUUAAUUAACUCCUUGGACGAAAACAACCGAAAAGGCGGAUUUGAAAGAAUAUAUCCUACAUCAGACACCAAGAAAUAUCACAAAUUCUUCAAGGAACCCAGAUACUAUAAUCUUCUACUCCACCACUGGCUUCAACGCUAUCAACAUAAGAAAAAGGAAGGGAUCAAAGUUCUUGAGUCGUAUUGUCAGCAGGGGAAACACUUAAAGCUCUGAUAUCAGCAGAACUCUAAUUAUAAGUGUCAAAAAAGUACACGGAUGAAUGUAGGCAUUGGAGUAUAUCAUCCAUGUCCUCUAGCUCACGGACUGCAUAAUGAGAAUGAGAAGAUACUGGAUGUUAAUUAAUUACAGAAUAACGAACACCUGCAUACUACAUUAAUUGUACUCCAUAUUGUUUUACUUAAAAAAUAAAAGGGUGUCAAAUAUCA